GUCUGAUACCAUUUCCUGCUGAACACUACCCUCCCAGUCAUGGCAGAUCCAAGCGAAGAGCUCCGGCCUGCAAAAAGAGUCAAGCUUGACACGGAUGGCGCACUCCCCCCGCCAACAGCCAGUGCUGACACAACGAAGGAACUUGAGGUUGGCAUCACCUCUUAUGUCAACGAAUCACGACCUUCUCUCCACGCUAUCCUCAAGAAGCGAUACACUGACUUCUUGGUCAAUGAAGUUCUACCAGAUGGAACGGUUGCGCACUUGCGUGAGAUCACAGACAAGUCUAGCGGACAUGUGGACACUAAGGCUUCUGUUCAAGCCACGAAUGGACCGACGGACACCACAGCCCCAGUUCCGGGAGGGGUUGACAUUGAGAGUGAAGCUGUGAAGGAGGAUGGUACUACGUCCCAAAUCUCUGGCUCCCAACCAAAAGCCAAAGAGUCUGAACCAAGUGCCCCAGCCGAAGAUGGACAGGCGAGUCUUGCCAUCUCAAGCGAGGAUCGCGCAAAGCUAGUGGCAUACUUCAGUGAAGAUAUUGUCGAGGAACUGACCUCCCUGUACGAAGCAAUUCUCCGCGCACCCAACAAGAAAUCUAGAGACCACCCAACCGUCCGCACUCCCUUCACAUCAGACCGUACUGUACGCUCUCAAAUCCACCAGGAUAUCCGCCGCAUCUUUGGAGGGAAGAUUGACUCAUCUACUGACAAUGAAGGUAUUCUUGUACUCACCGCCACCGUCCCAAAGAAUCAGCAUGGCCGAGCGCCACAGAGAUCUGGUGAGCGUGGCGCCCACAACAAGCUGACCUGGCAGGACCGUGGUGGCGAAUAUCUCCACUUCAAUCUCUACAAAGAAAACAAGGACACCAUGGAAGUCCUCAGCUACCUGUGUCGACAACUCAAAGUCAACCCCAAGACUUUUCAAUUCGCUGGCACCAAGGAUCGCCGCGCGGCUACUGUACAAAGAAUUAGUGGAUACCGCGUCGAUUCAGGCCGACUGGCCUCGUUGAAUCGAACUUUGAAGUUUGCUGCAAUAGGAGAUUUCAAAUAUGAAAAACAAGGACUUGAGCUUGGUGACCUGACCGGGAAUGAAUUCCUGAUUACACUGCGAGAGUGCAGGAUUGGAAACGAAGGUGACAACGACAAGACUUCUCAGACAGAUCAAGACCCCGCCUCUGUUACGCAGAAAUACAUCUCUGAGGCGCUUCGCAGUCUUCAUGACAACGGGUUUCUCAACUAUUAUGGUCUACAGCGAUUCGGCACAUUCGCGCAGCGCACCGAUGUCGUCGGUGUCAAGAUCCUCCAAGGAGAUUAUCAUGCGGCUGUCGAAGUCAUACUUCACUAUUCCUCAGCCGCACUGCAAGCCGCACAGUCACAGCAAGACGAUUCGACUAUCGUCGUCGGCCAGGACGAUCGUGCCCGCGCCGAGGCUCUACACUUAUGGCAAACCACAGGCAAGUGGCAGAAAGCUCUCGACAUCCUUCCUCGUCGGUUCUCCGCCGAGACUUCCAUCAUUCGGCACCUAGGACGGGUCAGGAAUGAUUAUCUUGGAGCCCUCAUGAGUAUCCAGCGGAACCUGAGACUAAUGUACGUCCACGCUUACCAAUCCCUGGUCUGGAAUUUGGCUGUCGGUGAACGAUGGAGAUUGUGCGGCAGCAAGGUCGUCGAAGGCGAUCUGAUUCUGACCCAUGAACACAAGGCGCUGGAUCCUGCUGCCCAAGCAUCCAAUCUUUCACACAACAUCGAUGCUGAUGGAGAGAUCAUCAUCCAACCCUCCAGCGACGACCGUGCUACCGACCGUGAAGACCGUUUUGAGCGCGCCCGUCCACUCUCUGCGGCUGAAGCCGCAAGUGGCGCUUUUACCAUCUUCGACAUUGUCCUCCCGCUGCCCGGCUUCGACGUAGAGUAUCCCAGCAAUGCGGUCGGUGAAUGGUAUAAAACAUUCAUGGCUAGUGAUCUCGGUGGGGGUUUGGAUCCGAUGAACAUGCGUCGAAAGCAAAAGGACUUUAGUCUGAGUGGAGGCUACCGCAAAGUUAUGGCUCGCAUUGGCCAAGAUUUCGAUGUCCAGGUUCAUACCUACAACGACUCUGACGGCGAUAAGCAAUUUGUCAAGACAGACUUGGAAACCAUUCAAGACACUGGUGCCGGAAAACCUCAAGACCACAGCCAGAACAUCGAGCGGGGUGGCGAGAACGGCAAUAUCUUGGAGAAACCCCACAAGCUGGCAGCGGUGUUGAAGUUCCGGCUUGGAUCAAGUCAAUAUGCAACAGUUGCUUUGAGAGAACUUUCCAGAGGUGGUAUUCAGGCCCACAAGACUGAAUUCAUGGGCGGGCGGUGAGGUGUAGUCAGGCAUUUGAAGCCUAAGAAUUUGCAUCGAACUGAGCAUCUGUCGGUUACACACACACAAUCUCUCAGGGUCUCACCCGAUUUAGUUAGGUACAGGCUGGUGGCGCAGCCUCAAAAAACCAGCCAGCGGAGAGU